AUGACAGGGACGGAUGCGGAGUUAGCUGGGGAGGUCCCUUCGCCUUUUCUAUCGGCGAGAGUCAAGGUCAGGAAGCAGAAGACACAGAUUGCAGAGCUGGAGGUGGGAGGCGUCAAGAUUUCUGACUCACCCGGGAUCCUGACGGCCGCGACGCAGUAUUUCACGGACCUUUUCGGCACUGACGGUCGGACGUCAACAGAGCGGUGGAAACCGCUUGCUGGGAGAAAGUUGGAUGCAGCGUCGGCGGCUGGGCUUGCAGCAGAUUGGACAGAAGCGGAGGUUAAACAGGCCUUCAAAGCGCUUGCGGACGGCAAAUCACCUGGGAAGGAUGGGCUCCCGAAAGAGCUGUUUGAAAGACACUGGGAUGUCCUCGGCAAGGAGUUCCUCCGCAUGGCGCAAUCCUUCUCGGUUUCAGCAACCAUUCCUGCAAGCAUCAAAGAAGCGAUUACUAUUCUGCUCCAUAAAAAGGGAGAGAAGGACAAUCUGGACAACUAUCGUCCGAUCACACUUCUGAACUUCACGUACAAGGUGCUGGCGCGGGUGGUGGCGAACCGGAUGAAGAUGCACCUGCACAAGGUGAUCUCGGCGGAGCAGUACGGCUUUAUUCCCGGCAGGAGAAUCUCGGAGGCCAUCGGUGUGGUUGCUGAUGUUAUUGAGGCGGCGAAAAAGGGGAAUGAAGACUGCACCCUCAAGGAAAUGGGCUUCCCGGAGAGAUUCGUCGGCUGGGUGGAAGGUCUGCACAAAGACACAAGAACAAGGUUGUUAAUCAACGGUUGGCUGGGGGAAGCAGUGGAUGUUAAGUCGGGGGUGAGACAGGGCUGCCCACUCGCUCCGUACCUGUUUCUCUGCGCGGUGGAACCGCUGGCGCAAGAGGCAGAGCGUCGGAAGAUUGGUCUCUGCAACAAGGCAAACCAACGGUUAGCGUAUGUCGGUUACGCGGACGACACGACACUUUUUUUGGAUGGGAAAAGACAAAUCGCCAGGGCUGAGAAGCUGUUAGCCUGGUUUGCUGGACUGUCAGGGCUGCAGACGAACAAGGGCAAAUCGGUGAUCCUCCCAAUCGGCCACAACAUUGGGAGGAGACCAGGGACGCUGGGUGGCUUUAAAUGGGCCAAGGCGGACGAAGCGGAGAGAGUCCUGGGAGUCUGGGUCACCCCCUCUGGAAGCAGUGAGCCGACCUGGAAGCGGGCUUUUGAAAAAAUAAUAGUGGAGUUGAUUAAGUGGAAGGCGCUCUUCCUCACGAUUGCGGCGAGGGUUGUGAUUAUCAACUGCUACAUCACACCGAGAAUAGCAUACCAGGCGCAGGUCUAUCCCCCGUCAGAGGAGAUCUGGAAGAAGCUCGUUAAGCUGAUUCACAAUUUCUUAACGGGGAACAAUGCAUCGGCUGAGAAAGGGUUUGUGCUGUGGAACUGGGGGCUGCUUACCACGCCGAAAGCCGACGGAGACACUGGGAAGUCAGACAGCAAAGAGGAGGUGGCGCAAGAAAGGGUGGUUUUUAACCGGAAGCUGCUUCUGAACGGCACGAACCCAGUGGGUGGACAAAAGGAGGCUAAGGGCCUCUGGGGGACGAGGCUGGGUGACCUGGUAACCACGCGUCAGGACGGUACGGUGGAGAUUAAGGACAUGGAUACGCUUGAGCGGGAGCUGCGUAGCAGGGACUCAGCCCGGCUGGCUCUCAAGGCACUUGAUGCAGCCCCGCAGGAAUGGAAGGAAGUGCUCAUCCCGGUUGCCAGUGGAGAGGGGGCUGGGUCUGGGGUGCAAAACUCGUCUGGGAACAGCGGCGGUGGCGAACAUGCAGCGGCUACAAUUUUUCGUUCGGGGAUUUUCACGAACGGGCAGCUGUCAUCCCUGAAGCAGCUGAGGGAAUCGUGGGCUGUGCCAGACGCGGUCUCCACGAAGCAGGAGAAGUGGAUCGGCAAGUGGAGCGGCAAGAUAGACUGGGACCGAAUCAUCCACACCAGAAACUCGCUUGCCAUCCCGAACCGACCGCGUGAUGUCCUUACGCCCUGUGGUUUCUGGUCUCCGGCGUGCUUUGCGCAUGCUCAACCCCACAAGGACAUCUGCCUCGCUCGGUGA